GGGGCACAAACAGAAAGUGCUUUUCCAUAUCCCAAAAGUCCCAAUAAUGGGGAACUGGCCUUAGCAUCUCGGGUGCCAACGAAUGCCUUUGGUUUCGCUUGAUUCGAACCAUCUCCGUCGAGCCACUGCUUAUGGCCUUCUGUAGUAUGGGGACCUCGCCCCUAUUCUCUAAAGCUUGCCACCCCGUGGAAGGUCACACAAGAAGGCUAUUCGACCGACAGUAGGAAUUAGUGCGUGCUGAAAAAUGGACUUUUCUUUCUAAGUGAAGGGCAGGAGAAAGAAUCAUGCAUCUAUCUCGAGUUGCUCCCUUGAGCGAUCUAUCCCUGGUUUUGUGACGUCGAGUUUGCUCUAUUCUCUCGGGCUCCUAUCAAGCUUCGCUUCGCGCAUGAUAGCGGCAUUCUUUUUUUGUUUUGGGGAAGGGCUAGUGCACCUCACCCGAGGUUCACGUCGCUAGGUCAAUUCAUGCUUCGACGCACUCCCGCCUCGUGUUUUCGACAGAGUGUUGUGCCAUACUUCGAGAAUGACACGGUUCGGAGGAAGUCUAACUCAUUUGGGUGAAAACUCCUUCUUCCAAUCCCGUAGAGAGGCCUGGAAGAAUUGAUUGAGAAUAACAAGACGAUUGACCAAUUGAAUUAAAUAAAGACAUCAUGCCCUAGACGCGAAGGUGAGUAAGAGAGCCAGGUGAAUUCUGCGAAGAUGGAAGAGCAGACUUCUGAGGAGACUGGAAGCCUAUAAAUAAUAGGAAUGGCGAACUGGAACCUCCUUGGCAUAGAAGCUGUGAAAGAAUAGGCUCCUUGAGUCAUGCUACUGUACCUUAGGCAUCUCUAAUUUAUAUGAACAUUCACCUUCGAAGCUGAGAAGCUGAAGAUGGAUAUCGGGCUCUGGGAUUAGUAUUUAGUAUAGCGGCUAGUCUCCGGGUCUCUUGAAUAGGUAGGCUCAGUACACUAAGGAAGCUUGGUCUGCUUAGGGCGGUUUUACCGAGAAAAAAAUGAGAUGAAUCUGGGAAAAGCCUUGACUUUAGGACUAGAGGGUGGGCUUUUGCCCGGCUUACUGAGACUCCGUUCUCAUUAUACUCAAAUAGAAAGAAGUUGGUUCCUUGACAAGGUGGUCCUAUCCUAGGCUUAGAGCUGAGCUAGACCCCUACCCCAAACUUAUUUCGGAAUGAUUUAGAGAGCUGCGAAUCAGGCUUUCAGACUGGUGGCAAGCAGGGCAAGAAGAUAAAGUCCUGACCCUAAGCAGAUUUUUGACAUCUUUCUCGCAUCCGCUUUCAGGUUUGACAUGACAUUAGAGCUCUCGUACUUAGUGACGAGUUCGAGCCUUAGAAGCAUGCGAAGGAAUAAGGUCUGGAAUAAGUCUUGUAUGAGUCCUUUAAUCGAGUCCCUCUUCUUUAAUAGGUGCUUUCAAGUAGAAGUAGCUGGUUUUUUUUUCUUUUUACGCCAAAAUAUCUCCGCCUCCCCAUUCCUUUAUCAAAGUAUAGUACUUAUGGGCGCAAGUCAGUCUCUUCAAGUGAAAGCACACUUGCGGGCCGGUGUGAGUUAGAAAGUGUUAAGUGAGUCUUUCUUUUGCAAUCCCUCUCACCUCGAAAAUGAAUGAUUGAUGGAAUUUUCAUUAUGGAAUUCUCUGUAAGAGCUGCGGAACUAACUACUCUAUUAGAAAGUAGAAUUACCAACUUUUACACUAAUUUUCAAGUGGAUGAGAUCGGUCGAGUGGUCUCAGUUGGAGAUGGGAUUGCACGCGUUUAUGGAUUGAAGGAGAUUCAAGCUGGGGAAAUGGUUGAAUUUGCCAGCGGUGUGAAAGGAAUAGCGUUGAAUCUUGAGAAUGAGAAUGUCGGAAUUGUUGUCUUUGGUAGUGAUACCGCUAUAAAAGAAGGAGAUCUUGUCAAACGCACUGGAUCCAUUGUGGAUGUUCCUGCGGGAAAGGCUAUGCUAGGGCGUGUGGUCGACGCCUUGGGAGUCCCCAUUGAUGGAAGAGGGGCUCUAAGCGAUCACGAGCGAAGACGUGUCGAAGUGAAAGCACCUGGGAUUAUUGAACGUAAAUCUGUGCACGAGCCUAUGCAAACAGGGUUAAAAGCGGUAGAUAGCCUGGUUCCUAUAGGCCGUGGUCAACGAGAACUGAUAAUCGGGGACCGACAAACUGGAAAAACAGAUCCAUGA